UGUAGCGGAUCAAUGACAAAAGAGGGCUGUGUGGUAAUGCCCCCCUAAACAUGUCUGUUUUCCCCGGGGUUGCAUGCUCCAUAUGACCCGGGAUGGGACUCUCUCCGCCGCCUAAAUCGGCGAUUUAGUUCACUGAAGCGACGGAGCUGGAGCGUUAAAACAAACAGAGGCUAACGGGCUGUUUAUUUAUUCAAGAGAAGAUGGCGGAGUUCUCGCCCGUCCUGCCGAUGCGGGAUGGAGGAGGACGAUUUGCCCAGCCCAUCUUCCCUCGGUCCAGGUCCGGUUCCGAGUCAGAGAGUGAACUGUCCCAGAGUCUGGCCCGGACCAAGAUCCGCUCGUACGGCAGCACAGCCAGCGUCACGGCCUCCCUGGGGGAGAAAUACAUAGAGCAUCGGGUUACAGACAGCGAUACUCUGCAAGGGAUUGCUCUCAAAUACGGUGUCACGAUGGAGCAGAUCAAGAGAGCCAAUAAGCUGUUCAGCAAUGACUGCAUCUUCCUGAGGAACAGCCUCAACAUCCCCGUGGUGUCAGAGAAGCGCUCCAUAUUUAAUGGACUGUCUCUCGAGUCUCCUGAUGGGGAUGGUGACACGGCUUGCCAGGAGGCAGACGCACCUUGUAUUAUCACGCAGGACAUCGAAGGACCCUCGCCGCCCCCUUCCCCGCCCCGUGAGCACUCCAGACCUGCUCAGCCUCAGCCAGAGGAGCUGUCAGCCAAAGACUUCUUACACAGACUGGACUUGCAAAUUAAACAGUCAAAGCAGGCUGCGCGCAGACUGAAAGAAGAAGAAGAAGUGAGGAGCAGCGAGGAGAAUUACGCGGCCCCCACAACAUCAUACCAGGAGAUCUAAAGAGCAAUCUGUUUACCCAAAGUCUCGGACACGCUUGCCCACGCACACAAACACUACCGCAGCCUCGUUGCUUUUUUCUUUUUACCUUUUCAUGUUUACUGAACAGCGUUCAGCAAGUGUCAUUUCUGCCUUUUUAUUUAUUGAAAUGCAGUUCUUAUGAUGUACAUUACAAGCCCAUUUCCAAGAGUGCUGCUGUGCUGUGUGAAAUGUAAAUAUUAACUUAGCCUGACCUGGUGGUCAUAGGUCAAAAGGCAACACACAUCCUGGAUGUGUUGCCACUUGAUCACAGGGCAACCGUUCCCACUCCUACCUAUAGUUAAUUUAGACUCGCCACUAUCAGAAGCGAAGACGCUCAUAUCUAUGGAAGCCUGUUUUUGCCAGAGGAAAAAAGUUUUUCAAUCCACAAGUCAUUUCAAAAUCAUUUCAAAAUUUCAAGGUAGGCAUCUGAGAAACUGUGACAGAAACAAGCUUCCUAUAGAUCUGCCGCCGUACAGGGAGGCCAGACUACUUUUUUGCACAUAUUCCAGCAGCAUGGCUCUGGAGAGUCAGGGUGCUAAACACCCACUGAAAGCUCGUGACACAUUACAAAAACUAAACCUCACAACAGAUGCUCCAGACUGUUCCAUAAGAAAAGGAGGUGAUAUAACACGGUAGUGAGAGACGUGCGCCUGACUCAGCAUUUUGGCAUCCAAUUCAUAAACGAUCAUUUAUUCUUGUUAAAACAAUAAUGUUUUCAAAUUCGUCUUGUUCAUGAUACGUUUAGAUAAAUCUAGGGUUUAAAUAUAUGUAUGUGUAUUUUUUCAAAUUUCCAUUUUACAUGGCACAUCUCCUUCUUCUGGAACUAGGUUUGAGGGUAUUUUUUUUUUUAGUUUCACCAAGUCGCUCACAUCUCAUCUGGAGGAGCAUCUGAGCACACGUGCCCGUCCACAUAUGAUAUGCUUGCAAAGCUGCUGUACAGAACCUACCUGCUGCUUAUGUUUAGAUACAAUCUCACACACACACACACACACACACACACACACACACACAGGGCGCUAAGCAAUGCCAGAAGGAUUAGCUUGUUAGACUUGCUAACCGCUUCUGAUGUUCUAAAUCUCCUCCUAGAAUAGGAUCGUCGGAAAGUAUGUUCAGGCCUUCCUCAUCAGUGUUUACUCGGUACGAGCUCACUCCACACGGAGGCGGCGGAUGGACUCAAGCCUUUGAACGCAGUUCCAUUUGCCCUGUUUGAGAACAAAUGGGACCGCUCUUAUUAUUAUUUUGUUUUGUGAGUGUGAUUGCAUUAUUUAUGUGUGGAGAACUGUCUGUAUCAACUGUUUUAUUGUGCUUUUAAGUUCUAUUGGGUUUUAUUUGGACAGAAUAAAUGCAUAUUUAAGCAAA